AUGAGCGAAAGAGUUUAUAAAAGAGGUACAAAAUCUAGGCGAACGAAACAUAAAAGAGUUGAACUAGAACCAGAUAGUAGCAGUGAUGAUGCGGACAGCUGUCAUACAUCAGUAAAAAGUAAAACUACUAAUUCUAAUAAAGCAAACUUCCGAGGAAAUUCUGGAGGCCUAACCAGAUCAGUAAUGGUCACUUCGAAAAGACCUCCUGUGUAUAAUAAAACUAUGGGAAAGCCUAAACGAAGGCCGGGCGUGGCUUAUUCUGAAUGAGCUGCAGACAGUAUUGAAGACAAAAAGGAGCUACAGGGACCAGAUACAUCUCUGACACAAAAAGCCUUGGAAAAGCUCUGGGAUAGACUGAAAUUUUUGCUUUCAAGUGGUUAUGAGAUUAAAGACAUUUUCAUAAAAACCAAAUGUACCGGUUUCUUUAAAGAUUUCCAUAUCACCUCAAGGAUGACUGAAGAAGACAUUAGUAAUUAUGUUGAUCCUUUUGCUGUUCUUUCUCAACAUGAUGGAUAUAGCUCCGAAUUUGCUUCGGAGCAUAAUACCACUAAAACUAAGACAGCAAAAAGUAUCUCUAAGAUCUCUGAGGCUCCAAAGAAGAUAAAAAAGAAAUAUAUCAAAACAAAAUAAGAAGGUAGAGAGGAAUAAACAGGAUUUUCUCACAGAAACUAAAGCUGAAAAACAAAAACCAACAGAUUAUGUACCUAAAGACACUACUCAAAGAAGAGAGCCUAAGAUCUAUAAAAGAUCAGAGAAAGAUCCAGACAUAUAUAGAUUUAAUGUGAAAAAGAUUAAUGAAUCAGAUAAAGAAGAAGCCAAGAACAUAAGUAUUACCAAAUCAAGUUUUUCAAAGCCAAAUGAAUCAAGUUCAAAUGCCUCAAAGCUAGGUAUCUCAAACUCAACUGUCUCAAACUCAACUGUCUCAAACUCAACUGUCUCAAAUUCAAGUGUCUCAAAUCCAAGUGUUUUAAAAGACAAGUGCAUCAAAGACAAGAGUAUAGACCAAACACUUCAAUUACCCCAGAGAUGAAUCAGCUAUAUCCCUAGUAGCGCAAUCAGUACUAAGGAGAGAUAUGAACAAAGCAUUUAUGCCAAGAAUAAAAGAAAAAGAGAACGCUCUGAGAUGAAGAGAAAGGAGGUAAAGAAAGCCAUUGAAAACAAAGAAGAAGUUAAGAACGCCCCAAGAAUCGACCUCAGCUCCAUUAAAGAAGAAAAACCAAUCUGUACUGAAAUUUUACCCUUUAACCGAAGAGAGCUCCAACAGUGGAGAGUCAAAAACACCAAUGUUGAUAACAUAUUCGAAGAUUACAUCAGAAAGAGAGAGGCUAAACUUUCUUUCCUUGAAUUUGGAUAUCCAGAACCUGAUCCUAACUCUGAGAAUUAUGAAAUGCUGCUUAAGAUUAGAGAGAUGUUGGAAGCGAGACAAUAUUUGAAGUUCCGUCUUAAGAGUAUACUCAAGUAUAAGCUCUUGAUCGUGUAUAAAGACUACUUAAGACACAUGAAAGAUGACAAAUUGACUACGUACAAGAAAUUUGAUAAAGACCAUGAUGUGUGUAGUAUCUGAAUCACAGAGUUUGAAGAAAAGGAUUUAGUAAUCAAUACCAACUGUGGGCACUACUUCCAUGCAGAAUGCUUUGAGAUGGUGAUCAUUUACAAAACAAAUUGCCCAAUGUGUAAAGCAAUUUUGAUGUAAUUCAAUCGAU